AUUAUUUUUACGUUUCGUUUUCGACUCAUAAGUGCAUUGGCUGUUUAUGUUAACGAGUCAACAUAAAAUAACUAAGCAGACGUACAGUCCUACGUCAAUCUGACAUUAUCUACUCCAAAUUAUUAACCUCUUAACGCUCAAGGGAAAUAUGUUUCCCUUCUAUAAAAUCGUUAUAGAUUUUUCAAUUACUAUUAAAUCGAUGUUUUUUUUACUGAAUGUUAAAGAAAACUUAUUUCCAAGGCGACAAAUGUGUUUCUGAACGAAUAAAAAAAAAGAACUCUCAAUCUUUAUUGCACUAAAGGAGUUUGUGCAAAAUGACGUAUAGAAAAUAGAACUCAUAAUAAAUGUGUUUUGUGCAACGUCCACACGUACAUGAAAUCGUUUCGUAGAAUGUCAUAUCUAACUAUUUAUUUUACUAGUCUGAUAAUUAAAGCCAUUAAAGCAAUAAAUUAAAUUACGAUAUAAUAAACCCAUUUACACCCCAUCUCUUCAUUUACACCCCAUUAGCUAAAAUAUUGUCUUGUACUGACAUAUUUCGUCCUGCACAUCUUAUGGUCGUGAAAGGGUUAAUAAUUCUUUCACGGAGUUCACAAUUGUAUCCAAGGUUGGUUUAAAUACUACCGAAUGUAUGAAGGAUGUUUAAUUCGUCUAGUACAGGAUCGUAUUCCAACGGUACAUGAAAAAUCACAGAUUACUCCAUUGUGAGUUUAUAGUUUGUGAUAAUCGUGGCAUCUUGGAGACACUUCCGAAUGUUUAUAGACGUCUAUCAACGAGUCAAUAAAAGCAUGGCUACUGAGCACUUUUUUUCCCCUUCCCUGUUCGGUAUUCACAUGACACUUUACAAUUGACAACUUAUAAUCUAGAGUUUGAUAAGCUGCCCUUACACGAGACAAUAUUAUUGUCAAUACAAGGAGUAUUGACAAUACUUUUGAUCGUGUAAUGAAAACUUCAUUGGAUUGACGAAAAUAUUGUCAAAAAAUCAAAACUGCUCAUCAAUCCGACAAUACUUUCUCUCCAGAAAGGAAGCUGUCGAAUAUGUGCAAUGAACUCAUCUCUCAAUAUUUCAAUGUUCAGUUGCAAUAUUUGAAGCUCCAAACGCUUGAUUUUCUCGAAAAAUGCGGACUCAGGUUACCAAGCCAAUUGGAUUGAUGGUAUUGACAAUACUUUGGAUUGACAAUAAUAUUGUCACGUGUAAGGGCCGCUAUAGACAAAUCGUAUUAAAGAUAGAUCCAAUUCUACCGCGUAUCGAACGGCAGGCAGGUCGAUAAUCUUUGAAGUAUUUCAACUAUUCAAUCAAUCAUCAGGAAGGAUCGACGGUGACCUCGCUGCGGCUACCGUGUAACGUUUUAUAAGCGUAAACAUUAGCGUCGUUUUAUUCAAUGCUUCGGCGUUUUGCUGUACUCGGUAGUUAUCAGUAUUCCAUAACGCUCACCGUCCAGCAGACGGUCAAUUUUUUUUCUUUCUCUCGUUGCGUUGCCUUCGGCAUGAAUGGCCAUCAGUAUUAAAGAUAAUUUCAUAUACUCUCACUCUCACUUUCGGCUGAUUGGUUUUCCUAUUGGCCUAAUGUUAGUAAAUUGGUACGGGUCAGUUCACAUAACAAUUGAGCCGGAGUCGCAGUCGGUGCCGUGCCGUCAUCGUGUGAAAAUAGUUGUUGUUGUUGUUGUUGUGAUUCUUCGUCGUAAACAAAAAUCUGCUACCGCCUAUGAAGGGAACAACUACCUUGAACUUGAUCGCAGUAGGCCUGCUACUGCUGAGCCUGAUCGUGUCACCAGCAUUGACAGCGUCAGAGGCAGUCCCAUGUGCGUUACGUGAAUAUCCGACCGGUUCGGUGUGUGUUUGCAACAGCACUUACUGCGACACGCUGGAGUUCGAGGAACCGAUAACGGUUGGUGGGUUUUUGCUGGUGUCCAGUAGCCGAGAUGGGAUACGCUUUGGACAGUCUCGCGAUGCGACAAAGAUGCCCGUUGUUCCGGAGGUGAAACCCAUACCGAAACAACGAUUUGCACGCAGUACACGACCCGUCACAAUUCAGUUGAAUCGUCGCCGGACGUUUCAGACGGUGGUAGGAUUCGGCGGUGCUUUCACCGGAGCGGUUUCGUUUAACCUGGGCAAACUGGAACCAACGUUGCGGAGUUGCUUGUAUCGAUCGUACUAUUCGAAAAAGGUCGGGAUUGGAUUCAGUUUGAUGAGAAUUCCGAUCGGUGGUUGUGAUUUUGACCUGAAACCGUGGGCAUAUAAUGAGCUACCGGAAGACGAUGUUCAUUUGACAAAUUUUACGAAACUGGAUCAACGAGAUUUGAUAAAGAUCGCUCAGAUAAAAGAGUUGAUGGCUACGGCAGAGAACCAGGACAUCAAGUUGAUGGGUGCGGCCUGGAGUCCUCCCAGGUGGAUGAAAUCCAACAACGAUUGGAGUGGUUCCAGUCGACUUAAGUCGGAGUAUUAUCAAACCUGGGCCGAUUAUCAUAUCAAAUAUCUUCAGUUGAUGACAGAUGCUGGGCUGGACUACUGGGCGAUCUCUACGGGAAACGAACCAAUGAAUGCGGUGAUUGGUUUCUUGUUUAUUCGAUUCAUGAGUCUCGGUUGGACUGCUCUCAGUCAAGGGAAAUGGGUUGGCGAUCAUCUCGGUCCAACCCUAAGAAGUUCCGGCUUUCAAAACGUGAAAUUAUUCGCGGGUGACGAUCAACGGUACACAUUUCCUUGGUGGUUUUCCCAAAUGGAUCAAGGUCAUCCUAAUGCGACACAGUACUUGGAUGGACUGGCUGUCCAUUGGUACUGGGAUGGCGUUACGCCGCCGGGUCUGUUGGAUCAGGCGGUUCGUCUCUAUCCGGAUAAGUUACUAUUCAAUACGGAAGCUUCACUCGGUGAUAAGCCAUUUCAAACCCACGGACCGAUUCUCGGUUCGUGGGAUCGUGCCGAAUCGUAUAUCACCUACAUACUGCAGGAUCUUCAGCACAGCGUCCACGGUUGGAUUGACUGGAAUCUGAUGCUGAACGAAAUCGGUGGUCCAAAUUAUGCCAAAAAUUAUGUAGAAAGUGCUGUGGUUGUGAACACAACGUCCGGCAAGGAGGUGUACAAGCAACCGAUAUUCUACGGACUGGGUCACUUUUCACGAUUCAUCACCGAAGGAUCGACACGUUUCGAAACCACCACGAGUGAUUCGGCUGUGAUCGUAGUGGGUUUCACGCGACCGGAUCAGAAGACUACAUUGGUGUUUUAUAAUAAGAAAUCCAGUUCCUGCGAGGUAAUAGUCAAGGAUCCGGAACGAGGAGUCGCUCAGCUGCAUCUUCCACCCAAGUCGGUACAUUCCUUACUGUACGCCUAGUACGAAGCUGUGACAAAUUUGUGUGAAAGAAACAAACGAAAAAAAAACAAUGAAUUGUCCUUCCUUAGCUCUCGAUUCGGAACUAUCCGUCAGCCUUCGAUCCUUACCUUCUGCAGCAAAUGAGCCGUACAUUCUUUUCCUAUACUAACCAUAAGAAGCGUGGGGAAUAAUUCCGGCUACCAUAAACAAAGAUUUGGCACGUUCAGGAACGCGAACAACGACAACAACGCUUCGAGAUCGUCAAUCUAACGCGAGUCAAGGGUAAUGAAAAAUCAGAGGAUACAAAGACACGUAAAUGUCACGGUCUAUUUUUCCAUGCGUGAACAUGUUUUGCGUCUCGUCUCGUCUCAUCUCGUUUGGGAUCGGAACCUACGUGUCCGCAGGGAUUGCGCGCUGCCUGUCUGGAGAGAAAACUACACCGUCAGCAUGUUCGUAUGAUUGAAACAUUUCCGCUGCUAUUACCAUGGCAAUGGUGGCGGCAGUCAACAGACAGGCAAGCUGACGGCUGACAGAGCAUGACACGGCGGGCGAUGCUCCGCCAGGUGCGCUGCGAGCGCACUCUGAGCUGCUUGAUCAUUCGGUCGGAUCGCCGGCAGGUAACGGAUGGUGGCGAUUUACACUGGACAGAAAAACAUUAGUGCAAUUUAUUACACGUGGUAUUUUGUUUACUCGUUGCUAAUGUGGCCGAUUAAAGUAUAACUGCUUGGAAAAA